AUGGAUUUCCUUUUCGACGUCAAGUCGUUAAGUGUUCUCCCAUAUCAACAAAUUGAAGCAAUUUUCGUAGAUUCCGAGCAACGUUUGUCUAAUCUAUGCGUAACACAUUUUGCGGCAGCUGGCGAGAAGCACAUUUGGACAACUGAUGAUCUCAUUCCCGUUUUCAUAUAUGUGAUUAUACGAGCUCAGCUUCAACAUCUUGGUGCUGAAAUUCGCCUCAUCGAUGAUUUCACGCCACAAAUAAGAGGAGCUGGUGAAAUGGAGAUGAUGUUUACGACACUAAAAGCAAAAUAUCCUCGACCUCAUAAUGCUAUUCAAAGAACGUGUCAUGUAAGAACUGACACAUGCAGCAGUGACAAACGGCUGCAACCGAUUAUUUCAAUCAGAUAUCGACGUAUUUGCAUAAUAGGCAGGGAUUUUCCAUUUCAUUUGUAUUUCAAUUGUCUCCAUCGUUUAAUCUAUAUAGUGUUUAAAAAUUUUAUCCUUCAACGUUGUAAUGUUUUCAAAUCUAUUAAUGGUUUGCAUUCAAUCGAUUCAGUUGAACAUUAUGCAAAUGAAGAAUGCUACAUAAAAUAA